UUGCCCAGGCUGGCAUAUCUUGAACUCAAGAUCAGCUUCUAUCUCCAAAUAGCUGGGAUUGCAGGUGUACCCAAUUAUUUUCAACUAAUUUAUAGUAUGUACCCAACUAAUUUUAUAAUAUACAACCACAUAACUAUAUCAUGUAACUAAUUAUAUGUAGUAAGUUUCCACUGUUAAGUAAUAUGACAACUAUUUUAUAGGUAAGUGAAGCACUGAAAGAUUAAGUAGUUGGGGUUUCAUAGGUAGGAAAUAGCAGAAAUAAGAUACAGGUAGUUCAAGGCUAUGCUAGGCUAUUAGGCUAAAGAAUAUAAUGGCUAAAGAAUAGUUUUGAUCUCAGAAAUGAAGACAAUGGAUUUCACCGUACAAAAUCUAUGUUAUCAGAAAGGACAACUUUUUUGGCCCUAAAUUCAAGGAAUAGGCUAUUAGGCCUGGGUCUGUGUGGGGGAGGGGAGUUCUUUGUUCUGUGAUGACCUCAGGAUAAACUGCCACUGGGUAAAGAAAAUGGAAUGGCUGCUGGAGGAUCUGCUUGGGACUGGAGGAGAUAUAGGACUUCCCUGGGGCCAGCUGACAUACGUUCUGGCUUGCAGACACUGUGGCAGCAACACUUGCCUUCAGAGUCCAGGGGAUCUGGGCCUACCAUUUUUGUACCAUUUGGCUUUCCUUAAUCAUUUGUGGAAGCAGAAAUCAGAGGAGGAAGAGGAAGAGAGGGAAGGAGAGGAAGAAUCAUCUUUGGAUCUACUGAAACUAAGUUCUCCUUCCAAAGAAGUUCCCAAUGGAAAGCAAAGCACAAUCCCACCCCAGCUGUCCUGUGGUUCUGAGAACCUUCCCCAGGCCACAGAGACACCAGAGAGAAUAACUACACAGUCCUCAAGCCCUUUUAGAUCCUACCCUACCAUCCAGAUUCUGACCAACUUCCCAGUGAGGAACAAGACAUCAGCAGGGAGCUACCUGCAGCAGAAAAGCCAGCUCUUCUGGGGUUUUCCCUCUCUGCAUAGUGAGUCGUUGGAAACUAUCUUCCUGAGCUCAGAUGGUCCAUCUCCCCUGAAGUUGUCUAUUUGUCCUUCUGUUUUCUUCAACAAGCUUGCCUUCUUGCCUAAGUACAACUUGUCACUUCCCUAUUAUCACUCUCCAACCCAGUUUCCUACCCACGAAGCACAUACUAUGGAAGAUCUGGAAGAAAAGGCCCAUAAUUCUCAGCUAGUUUCAUCUCCAUCUACCCCAACAUUAUUUCUCCAUAAUUUUAAGCCCUUACCUAUGGACCCCAAGAGGGUCCCAUUUGGUGCUGAGGCAGACAUACACUGGCUUAUACAGCAGAAAGAGGUUUCUUGGGUCUCUGAGGAUCAAGCCCUGCACCUAGAGCCUAAACUCCAAAGAAUCAUACCCUCUACACCCUUAUCUUCAUUUGAGGCUUACUGGAGUAUACCAUGGGACCAUAGCCUGCACCAAAACAAUCCAGGAUCACCUUCUGCUUCUCUGAUGUAUCCCUCUAUCCCUCUGGGAACCCAGGCUAGGUUUGAGGCCUCAUGGAAGACCAUAGGGCAAAAUGAGCACCUGAAAAUUUCUGAGCCAGCAAUACUAGCUCCCAGUCCAACCCCAGCUUCCUUACCAGAAUUUCAGAGAGUCGAUCCUAAAGAAAAUAUGUCUGUGUCUAAGACCAUCCAGGAAACCACAGAGCAAAAAGAGAAAACUCUGAUCUUUGGGACCCCAAUCCUGGCUCCUUGUCAACCCAUAGUAGCCAUGACAGAACCUCAAGGAACUAGCCCUCCUGUUUACAAAGCUCAGCUGGGAACCAUGGGAUCAACUAGUGAGAGCCCCCAAGUUUCUAAGCCCCUAACGCCCAUCUCUUGCCAACCCCCAGUGUAUCUGUCAGAAUCCCAAAAAGUUAACCCUAGAGAACUUUCUGCUUCUAAAGACUUCUGGGAAACCAUAGAAUACCGAGAGAGCCCUCAGGUUUCUAUGUCUCCAAUAUCAGCCCCAACCCUUCCUCUAGCCUCUCUGUUAGAACUCCAGAAGAGUCUCCUAGAAGAUCCAUCUGGAGAUGACCUUUGGUGGGAAUGCAGAGAAAACUCAGGAACCCUCUGGACCUUUGAACCCCAAGCCUUGGAUCUCAACACAAGUGUCUAUGAAACUAGCCUUGCAUGUGUCCCAUCAGUAUCUGCAACUUCACAGAAGGGAACACAGAGUAGAGAAAAUGUUUGGGUCUCUAUAGAACCAGUUUCAUCUACCAGCCUUCCUUCAGACUCUCUGUUGAAGUUUCUAGUAGUAGGUUCCCAGGAAGACCUGUCAGAGUCCAAAGCUUUGUGGAAGACCAAGGAGCAGAGAGAGAACCUCUGGGUAUAUGACUUCACAGGCUCUACCCAGAGAACACCUGUAGCCCCCUUUAUAGAAGCUAAAUUGAAAGGUAAUAAGCAUUCCAGGAAUUCCUGGGCUUCUGAGUCCUCAUCUCAGGCACUCAGCCUACCAUGUGCUCUUGCAUUAGAGUCCCUCAGAGUUAGCCCCAUGGUGAUCCUGUUUGAUUCUAAUGCUAAGUAUAUGGAUAUACAAACAAGAACGAACUCCCAGGCCUCUGAGUUUCUAGCACACAGCUUACCCCAAGAGCUCUAUGGAGCCAGCCACAUAAGAGCUGGGUCUGACUCUGAGCCUGUUGGGAAAGAUAAGGAACAGAGAGAAAACUAUCAUGUUCUUAUGUCUCCCAACCAACCCUCAAAUUCUAUUUCAAAGUCCCACAUAAGUGAGCCUUUUGGAGACCAGUCCAACUAUAAACCUGAAGACACAGUGAAGCAGACAAAGAACUGCUGGGCCACUGACCAACAAGCCCCCAGCUCACUGUCAGCAACUCCAUUAAAGCUACACACUGACCGUAAGCUUGUGCAAGAAAGAGAGGUCCCCCAAGGUCCCAGCCUCCUAUUAUUGAAUACCUUGUGUUCAAUAUCCUGGCCUCCAACCCUAACCAAAGCUCUGAAGAGUGAGCCCACUGAGCUUGAAGUAUGGAAAGGAAAGAUAUUUUCAGAAACUAAGGCAAAGGCCCUAUCCUCCCAGGGAGAGGCUGUCCUAGAGGUGCUCACCCACCCUGGGAUCCAUGUCUGGCAAUGGAGUAGAGAACUGGAGUGCAGGCUAAAGAGGCUGCACCAGAGCCCUUUCAAAUCUUCUAGCCAAAAUCAGCCAUUUUGCAGCUUCCCUACCCUGAGCUCCACUACUCCAGAUUCUUCAGAAUCCUCUUUCUAUCACCCACAGAUCAGGCGUCUUAAUAUGUACUAUUCAAGUUGUCAUCCCCCCAAAAUUCAGAGUACAGUACUUCAGCCUGUAGAAGUCCCCCAUUGUCAUCACUCCCACUCUUCCCAACUUCAGCUACAGGCUCCUGACCAGGGCAAAGCAAGAGUCUCAGAAAAAAGAAUUAAAGGGAAGAUGGUGACUCAAGUCCCAGCUCAGGGGCCAAGUGUUCACAUAGAGGCUGAUAAGAACAAUCCAGGCCUGAGAGAGUCCUCCAAUACUGGGGGUCCAGCCUCAGACAAAAGACAGAACCAAGUUUCAGCUCUAUCUUUAGCCCAAAAGGCAGAGUUUCUCAGAAAACCUAAAGCAGGAGAAUGUGGAGGAGGGAAGGCAAGAUUGGGCUUACGUAAAGUCAUAGGGAAGAGUCACUCUUCCCAAGCCUGUAGGGUAAAAGAGGCUCCUGAGAACAGAUUUUCCCAAAGGUCUCAGCACAGAGAUCAGGGCUCUCCUCACACUGCCCUGCCUCAGUAUCUUGUCCUCAAGGAUGCAAAUCCCCAGAAUAAGCGGAAGGUAGGUUUGGUAACUGGUGGUAUCGAGAACUCUCACCACUAUAAGCAUUGUCCUUGGGCCCACAAAGAAAAGCAUCUCCCAAGUUCCAUAUCCCAAGCUCCCCAUACCAGGGGUUUCCAAAGUGUAUUAGCCAAAUUUCUGGGUAUUCGUGGACCCCCGAGCCCAAAUCCAGCCAGUAGAGAAAAGACCAGUAGUACUGGUACCUAG